GGUGAGAAACCAGGGGGAUGCGCCGAAGGGGCGAACGUUAACGGGCUCGAAAACGCAGGGGAGGGAAGUCCCCGGGGUGCUGAGAGACUCAAGGGGCAGAUUCAAUGAGAGUGCGGAAGGUGACAAGAAGACGAACGAUGCAGGAAGAUAAGGAUGCGGAAGGGGCCGGAGUCACAAGGAGGGGCGGGGCCACUGUGUUUGGUGGCCGCUCAACUCUCAAACAUGAGCUGAUGUACGACGCAUCUCGCCUCGCUGGAUGGAGACAAGUGGCACAAUGCGAAUGGCGAGUCCGCCGCUACGGGGAGAUCGACGAAGCCGCCGAAGAGGAGAGCCUGCCACGUGGCAGGCGGGUACUGGACGAAGGGCAGGCGCCAGACGGAGACGCGGCGGAGGAGUCGGACGACGAAGGCGCUGACGUCACUGGCGAGGGCGAUGAGGGAUCCCCGGACGAAAAGCAGGCUGGGCAGUCAGGGAGUACGUACGACAAGGGGGCAAGAGAAUCAGAGACGGAAGAAAUGGGCGAGAAGAAAGGACAAAGAACUAGAGGCACAGGAAGAAGAAGCGGAGGGGGAGAACGGAGAACCAGCGGCCGGAGAGUCGAGUGCAAACGGAGAACAGGGGGGUGCUUGGGCAGCAAAUGGGGAGGGGGUUGGAAGCAGUAAAAAGACGAGGGUACUGGAAAAGUUGCUGGACGAUGCGCUUGCGAUGGGCCGGAAGGACAUCCGAAAAAGCAGGGGAAGCGAAGAAAGGACUACGGAAAUCAGGACACUUCGAUUCUUGAGCACAUCAACCGUCAAUCAUAUCAAGCCUAAAUGAAGCCAAAAUGGGACCGCGUGACAUUCGGAAAAAGAGUCCAGGC